AUGCCACCACCAGAAGGCCCUUUCCUAUGGGUGCCCAGCACAGGCAAAAAGAGCCAGCAGAUCUGCCUCAGCCUGCCGGUCACCGUCACCAGAAGAAGAACAGAGUCAAAAGCACAAAUGAAGCUCACAAGGCAUGGGAAGAUUGCCCUGGGUAUCUUAUUGGUUGUGACAGCAGCCAUCAUCAUUGGACUCAUUGUCUAUUUGGUUGCCUAUGGAAAGAUACCUUUCUACUACCACGUCAGCUUUAAAGUCAACAACAUUGACUAUAACAACAAAUUUGCAAAACCAUAUUCACAAGAAUACAUGGACCUAAAUAAAAAAAUUGUAUCUUUGGUAAAUGAAACAUUUCAUGAAUCCAAACUGAGAAGGCUGUAUGUCAAAUCUCAUGUUGUCCAAGUAAGCCAAGCCAAAGGGAAAGUGGUGAUACAUGUUGUGCUGAAAUUUAAGUCCUGUUAUAAAAAUAGUUCAGCAAAAUUUUGGGAAAGAAUUGAAACCAUUUUACGUGAGAAGCUAAAGCAACAAACUACAUCAUUACUGAUAGAUUCUUCCUCGUUUAAAUUUUCAGACAUUGCAAUGUCGAUGGCAGAAAAUCUUCUCAACACUUGUUGUGGACGACGCACCGUAACACCUACUGGCAACAAAAUAGUCGGAGGACAGAAUGCAGAGAAAGGAGAAUGGCCCUGGCAAGCAAGUCUGCAACAGAACGCCGUCCAUCGGUGUGGGGCCACCCUGAUUAGCAACAGCUGGCUGGUCACUGCUGCUCACUGUUUUGUAAACACCAACAAACCCAAAGACUGGAAUGUUAGUUUUGGACUUCUUCUAAGUGAUCCACAGACACAGCGAAGAGUCAAGGACAUUAUAGUUCAUGAGAACUACCAUUAUCCUGCACGUGGAAAUGACAUUGCUCUUGUACACCUGUAUUCACCAGUAUUGUAUUCCAGCAACAUCAGAAGAGCAUGUCUUCCAGAAGCUGCUUAUAAGUUCCCGCCCAAUUCAGAUGUCGUGGUCACUGGAUGGGGGACAUUAAAGUCUGAUGGAACAAGCCCUAAUGUACUCCAAAAAGGAUUGGUGAAGAUUAUAGAUAAUAAGACCUGCAACAGCAAAGAGGCCUAUGAUGGAGCGGUCACUGCUGGAAUGCUGUGUGCCGGGUUCCUGAAGGGGCGUGUAGAUGCUUGCCAGGGAGAUUCUGGUGGACCACUGGUUAGGGCAGAUUCUAAAGGAAUUUGGUUUCUUGCUGGUAUUGUAAGCUGGGGAGAUGAAUGUGCUCUUCCAAACAAGCCUGGGGUCUAUACUCGAGUGACGUACUAUCGAGAUUGGAUCAUGUCCAAAACUGGUCUCUAAUGCAGAAGACCUCCUUAGAUCAAAGUUCAAUGAUUAUAUGCUUAAUAUCUUUAUAA